AUGCCUUCCUUCAUCUCCGCAGCCGUCGCUGCUCUGUCGCUUUCGAGCCUCGCCUCUGCCAACGUGGCAUACCGCCGUGCAGAGGCUUUCACCAACAGCUCUUCCAGCUCCACCCAGCUGUCGACCUCCAGCUCCUCAUCUAGCCGUUCCGUGCCUCUCGGUACUGGCAUCACCACCAGCGGCACUCCCAGCAGCACUGCUGGUGCCGGUGUUUCUCAAGGCUCGUCUGCCAACGGCACUGCUACCAGCACUGGAUCCAGCCCUUCUUCCACCUCUACCAGAUACCCCACCACCUUCAAUGGUGUCAGCUUCUACGUUGAGGUCGACAUUAGCUACACCGGUGUCGAGAUUGACUUGGCCAUUGUCUUCGCCAAGAGAGCCGGCCAGACUCUGGACGACUGUCUCUCGACUUGCUCGGCCAACACUGACUGUGCUGCCACCGCCUUCAACUCAAACACUACCACUUGCUCUUUCUACAGCAGCUUCGACAAGAACACCAGAACUGCUGCCCCUGGUAUCACCUUCGCCCAGGUCACUGGCCGCGGCAACUCUUCUUCAUCUGCUCCUGCCAACAACGGCUCCUUUCCCUCCACCACUCAGGCCAACAACGGCACCUCGGUGACCGCCUCGCCCAACCCUGGCAACAACGGUACUUUCCCCAACGUCGAGUCCAUCAUCUGCCCUGAGUACAACGACCAGGUCCUCCAGGAGACCGAUGGUUCUCAGUACCUCAUCCGCUGCGGUCUUAACAUUGAUGGUGUCAUCCUCUUGACCCGCAAGGCUCGCAUGAUCAGACGCCAGGCCACUUUCGGCAACGACUGGAUCGUUGACUGCAUUGACACUUGCUCUGCUACUGCCACUUGCGUCGGAACCUCGUACAACUCCCAGCAGGGCACCUGCACUUUCUACAGCACCGUCGACGCUCUUGUUGCUGAUGCCAACACUGACUCUGCCAUCCUUGUCAACGAGGCUCCCGCUCCUGGCGUCAGCUCUUCUGCUUCUCUCGUCCCCGUCGUCUCUACCCAGACCGUCACUGAGGGCGAUGUCACCCGCACCAUCACCACUACUCCUCUGACCACCUCGACCGUCUACAGCACCACCACCAAGACCAUCCAAUCUUGCGCUCCUGGUGUUCCUUGCACUGCUGCCACCGUCACUGAGGUCGUCGUUGCCUACACCACCGUCUGCCCCGUCUCGGCCUACCCCACUGGUGCCAACGGUGGUGCCAUUGGAGGUGCUGUCGGAGGUGCUUCCACCCAGACUUUGACCGUCUGCACUGCUUGCCAAUACGCUCCCACCACUUGCCCCACUGGCGCUAACGGUGCUCCCAUCGCUGGCAAGCCCACUCCCGUCACCACCACCGUCAUCCAGGCUCCCGUCCUUGCUGGCCCUACCGGUGCCAUGACCACCUCGACCGUCUACCAGACUCAGGAGCACGUUACCACCACUUGCGGUGCUAACGGAUGCGGCAAGGCCACCGUCACUGCCGUCGUCUCUCUCUACACCACUGUCUGCCCCGCCAGCUCUGGUGCUCCCGGCGCUCCCGGAUCUCAGGCCCCUGCACCUUCCGCCGGCUCUCAGACCGUCAUCGUCCCCGGAACCACCGUUGCCGCCUCGACCAAGCCUGCCGAGACCAUCCCUGCUGUUGUUGAGAACGGCUCCACCAAGCCCGCCGAGACUGUCCCUGCCACCGUCGUCCCUGGCUCCACCAAGAAGCCUUCGACCACCAUUGUGCAGUACACUCCCACUUCAUCCAUGGUCGCCUACACUGGCGCCGCCGUCAAGAACGGCAUGGGCUUUGCCGCCAUGGCUGCCGGUGUCGCUGCCCUUGUCCUCUAA